CAACAACCUUGUUCCAGACCUACUCAAUCUCGACCUCACCAUGCCUAUGUCAAACCACUCAAUCGCUGAUCUCCUGGGCUCCAGUGAUCAGCUAGUCAGCAAGGGUUCGCCGUACAAACUCACUGCCUUUCUCGAGUCGGUAAUACCGCUGGAAACUCACAGCGCACUGUACAACUCAGUUUUGCCAGCGAUAGUGGAGUGCAUCUCGGAUAUUGCGAAAACCCUACGUCAUUCUCAACAUGUUUCGCUAGUAGGCACUGCGAACGCGUUUGGAGACGAUCAAUUGAAUGUCGAUGUCUCUGCGGAGAACCUCGUGCGUGCAUGUCUCACCAAGUGCCCGUCGGUGGUGAUGGCAAGUAGUGAGGAGGACCCCGUUGAGAAGGCAUCAGGGAGCACGGGAGCAAGUCCAAAUGGUGCAGCCACUCAGGAGCAGUACACGAUCGCUUUCGAUCCCCUAGACGGCAGCUCCAUCAUCGCGCCGAAUUGGACAGUCGGCACCAUCAUCGGCAUCUGGACAGGAACUUCCGCACUCCACCAAGUACCAGCGGAGAAGCAGAUAGCAUCGGUCCUCGGAGUCUACGGUCCACGGACCACCGCAAUUGUCGCGUUGCGCAUUCCCGGCACUGAGCCGUCGUGCUUUGAAGUCGGAAUCGGAGAGCACGGCCUUCAGGAUAGUGACAUCAUCCGUCCGAAAGUCCAGCUGGCAAGCCCACCCUUCAAAACCAGAUAUUUCGCCCCAGCCAAUCUGCGGGCUGCCGCUGAGGACCCCAAGUACAUGGACCUUAUCACGCAUUUCGUGCAAAACAGGUACACCCUGCGGUAUAGCGGAGGUCUCGUCCCGGAUAUCGUUCAUGCUCUUGUGAAAGGCCACGGCGUCUAUUUGUCGCCCGUCACAGGCAAAAGUAAGGCGAAGUUGCGGCGGGUAUACGAACUCUUUCCCAUCGCAUUGAUAAUUGAGUGCGCUGGAGGCAAUGCAAUCGACCCGGUAGAUGGCAGCGACAUCCUGGCCCGGCCGGCUGAGGACACCGAUGAACGGGCAGGUUUGGUGUGCGGCACCACCGAGGAUGUGGAAUUCGUGAGAAAGGUCUUGGUAGCCGAGGAAUGAAGCCAGGACAUGUGGUCUAUGCUGGAGAAUACCAACACCAAGCUACAGCUAGUCGACUGUUAAGGCAUCCAAGCUGGGUCUUGGAUACCGCAUCCGAAUCGUGGGCCGUAUCGAAAGGGAGUUUUCCGGAUUAUUAGCGGGGAAGUAUAGAGGCGAGGAAUAUCCAUGGAAUUGAUGCAAACAGCAUGGCCUUGAGUCCCACAUUUGAAGCUUUUGAUCGUCAAGCCCCCUCUGUAAUGUGCAUAAACCUACCGAAAUAC